UUGGUGUCUGUGAAAGAAAGUGAUAUCGUGUAAUCUUGUCAUAACGAAGCGAGCCGGUAUGCAUUUAUCUCUUGAUUAUUUUACCAUGCAUUAGAAUUUUAAAAUAGCGAUAAAAUUCCUAUUAACUUGAAACCCUCUAGCUGUUGAUAACCUCUGGUGUGUAAUAUUUUCUGUUUUUUCACCUCAUUGGAGUUUUAUCAGAGCGGAGGAACGGCUAUCUAAGCAGAUUAUGCCUGGGAAAAAGAAAAAACUUAAUGCCAAGAAAAAAGCAGAAAAUCAGAGACAUGUGGAACACCGGAGACAACGUGAGGAAGAAGAAGCAGCCAGACCAAAAAGUUUCAACGAAGCAGGACCCUCAUCUGCUCCAGGCUUUGCAAAGAGGAAAGAAGAUUGUUGCUCGGCCAAACAUCAUCACUCGGACCAUCAUCACCACGAUGAUCAUCACUCUACAGACUCAUUUGAUUCUGAAGGAAUAUUCGACCUUGAAGAACAGAUAGAUCUCAUGGAUCUUUCAAAUCUAUCCGAUCCAAACCAAGACGGCAUUUCCUUCUACAACUUUGAUCAGUACAAUAAUACCAUCCAUACAGGGAUAGCCAUUGUUCAGGAACCGGUUCAAGAUGAAAAGCAUUCUGGGUCAGAAAACGAAGCAUCAGAUCCGCCAAAAUUCAAGGGCGAAUCUGGUUAUAUAAGAACUGUGAGUUUAGCGUCAAGGAAAGUCAAUAAACUUUCAAGACCUCACCAUAUAGACUUAUACGACUUAUACUUCCAGCUGUCAACUGUGCUGGAAUACUUGAGUAAUUAUACGGUGCAAGUACUCGUUUCCAAGAAUAAAGCUUCACGGAAGCCUUUCUUGAAGAAAUUAGGAGCAAAUAAUAUUAAUGAAGACUUACAGAAAGUUCUUGAUGGACUGCCUGAGUUUAAAGAGAGUCAUAGGAAGCCUAUAGAUAUUGAAGAAUUUCAAGCUAUACCAGAACAGAAAAAAUCAGAUUUAAGAAAGUACAUCAAUAGUCUAGCUCCUCUGCCACAACCGGAGCCGGAACCUAAUAACCAUGCUUACUUUGAGCGGGGAGAUGAAGGAGAGGGAGUUUUGACCAAUGAUGAAUUCCCAAAUCCUUUCGCAAGGGUUGGAAUAGAAAUUGUCGAAAACGAAGAGCCUGUUUUCAACAAUCAACCUAAUACUACCGAUCUUUCUUUACCGCGGUUGUCAAUGUUAGCUGCUUUAAUCGGUCAAAAGAGAAAUUAUAAAAGAGUUCGACCAGCAUUGACAAAUCGCUUGAUUGUCGACAAUCUGCCAAAAAGAUAUUUGUCCAAGUUUUUAAAUUUGAUGACGACUGGGUUUUGUUUCCUUGGUAAACUCAUAAUAGAGAGCCUUCACUCAGAUGAAAAAAUUAACCGUGGAAAUAUUUUUGAUUUUCAAGAUGGUGAUGUAGGUUUUUGGUGGGCAGGAGUAAUAAUUCUAGAUUGGAAUGAAUAUUUGUUAAGGACUGUAAAUGGAAAGCCCAAACAUAAACCAAUUUCUUGUAUAAAUUACAUAAAAACUGUCGGCGAAGGUUCAGUUGCAUUUAAAGCAAUGUUGAAUCUCGGCCCAGACGGUCUGUAUUUCACUGAUGAAGAUCAGAAGAAUUUUCAAGAGACUAUUGAACGAAUAAAACACAAACGUCUGACAGCCCCCAAACCAGAGGGAGCGGAUGACGAUCAUGUUAUUGCAAAUGUUUUAGAACUUUGAAGAUCAGUUACUAGAAGAGGAUUUCUUGUAAAAGCUUGAUCAUCAGUCGUAUUUUGUUCGAAGACAACACUAGCAACAUGUUGCUAAAACAAGCAACAAUCGCAUUUUGUCCAGGUUGUUUUGCGUUCUGAGGGUAGGGCUUAUUUUCGUGCUCAAAACUUAGGAACCACGGAAGCAACAUUGUUGCACAUCAACUGCAACUUGCUCAGAGUAAGUCGUUUUUAUGUUGUUGCUCAAGACAACGCUGUUAUCUAACCUAAAACUCGAAUGCGCUCUCUCAUUGGUUGUUCAGAAUCGUGUAAAAAAAAAAAAAAAAAAAAACAAGAAAGAAAAACCAGAAUCAAUUUGUUGUUUCAAACAAAAUAUGACUGUUCUCUUUCUAGCUAUUCACAGCAAGCACAGUGGCUCAAUCAGAAUCUAAGUCUUAAAUCUGGAACUUUGUAUGUACAAUGUAUUUUUAUUGCAUAAUGUUCAAUUUCUUUCAUUGGGGUCUCAUAUACAAUGCUUCUGUUCCUUUUUAAUUAAGAUCAAAAAUAGUCAGUCAAAACCACACAAUUUGAAUUUAUUAUCAAGGGUUCUUUUUCGGUAAAUGUUUAGUCUUGAUAUCACACAUUCUGUGAGCUAAAACAGAUCUUCUCUUCUUCUCAGAAAGUAUGAUUUUAGGUUUUCAAAAUCACUGAUAUUGGGAAAUCGCACAACUUUCAGAACUGCUGUAGUUGUAUAUCAAUGGUAAAACUUCAGAAAAUCAUAUUUUGAUUGCCGCGUUUUAAACAUCCGAUCUUACUUUAUUAUAUCAAAAGGGUUCAAAUCAACAGUAUUGCUUUAGGUUUUCUCUGAAUCCUUCCACAAAGAAAAAAAUUCCAAGAAGUUUUCAAAAAAUAUGUUGAGUCCUUUUUUUUAAAAAAAAAAAAACGAAGUAAGACAGGAAGUCUGCAACAUUGCAAACGGACAUGUGUGUCCCAACAGUUUCACCGUCGAUAUAUGGCUAGGUCCAUUUUGUUUGAUGAUCUGAAAAAUUCAAACCAAACGUAUCUGCUCAAAUUUAAGCUGUUUUUAAAAUUUCAGGAUGGAACUUUCUAUUAGUUAGUAAUUAUUAUUUCAAUAUCAAAUAAAUUAAAAUGAUUGGCUUUUGAUCAACCCUGUUGUCUUCGGUUAGUCCAUCUUGUCUACUUUGGAAAUACAGGAUGCUUAAUUUUAGACAUCCUGGAAUUUCCUUCUUUCUCUUUUGUUGCCUACAUUUUUACUGGCCUAUUUUAAUCUUUAUGUUGUUUAUUUUAUUUUUCCUAUACUUUAGUGUGUUAAGGAAGAAGGGCAAAAUGAGUUUACAUGUCCUUAGGUGAAUCGAAAUGCCAAUUUAUCAAUUAAUCAAUUAUUUUCAAUUUAAAGAAAUUUGAAAUUUUCAAAACAUUUUUUACUCUCGUGCAUGUAAAGUGAUGAAGAAACAACUUGUUUUGUCGGCAUAGGCUGGAAAUCCUGUGCGACAAAUACAGCUAAACGCGUCUGUUUUCAAUCAUUUGACUUGCAAGUGAGUGAAAUAUGUAUACAUGCUUCAAAAUUUAUAUUUUUUUUAAAUUUUGAAGUUUCAUUGAACUACUAAGUUUCAUGCAUGUUGGCAAAAUUGCCAGCACUCUGUUCAAAUUUUAGCGAAACUCAUGCGGCGGAUUUGCCAUAUUUUAUUUUAUAUUAUUCAACCCGUUUUGUCCUUUCAAUUGACUGGCAUUCAAUAUUUUAGUUAUCAUGAGUUCAGCAAGUAAUGUUCUUCUAGUAGGUAUUUAAUUAUUCAUGAGAGGCAUCUCCACUAAAAGUGGAAAGCAUUUGAACAUACAGCUAGUCAUGUUCCAUAUCUCAUUUUGUGUACAGAAGAACAACUUAUUUGUACGUCUUAAAGAAUUUGAACCUUAUUUUCUCCUUAAUCAAAGUAUGUGAAAGCACUCAAUCAAUCAUUGCUGUGAACUUCUCAACAAAAUUCUUUCAAAUUGUGAAUCAUUAUUUUCCAUAAAUAAGUUCCUUUUGUUUUGAGAUAAAUGAAUAGUGCUCAAACUUAAUUGUCCCGCAGUUGGAGUUCAAUUAUCGUGUACUUUUCAGCAUGGUUAUGCAUUCUUAAUUAUCAUAUUCCUUCUUUGAUUAUUUGCUAGAAAAGGGAUUGGAAGGUGCUUGCUGGAAAUGCUUUUUACAUUUUUCUGUCUGUUAGUCUUCCAUGAAGGAUGAAAAUGAAGGAAAUGCAGGCAAUAGCGUUUUCUUCUCUAUUUGUAUAUGCUAAGAUUACUCCUGUAUCUUAAAACCUGUCUUUUUCACCCUUCGUGAAAACAAAUAAUAUUCAUCUUAUCAUUUUACAACAUAAGAUCCAAAGGCCUAUAAUAUUUUUGGGCGUAUUUAAAUUGCACUAUAAAUAUGUCCUCUUUGUACUAGCUCAAGAAUGUCUUUUCAGUUGUUUUAGGCCGAAGAGACCACUGCAUUUAUUAAUAUUCAUCUUAUCAUUUUACAACAUGAAAUCCAAAGGCCUGAUAUUUUUUGGCGUUUGUAAUUUGCAGUAUAAAUAUGUCCUCUUUGUACUAGCUCAAGAAUGUCUUUUCAGUUGUUUUAGGCCGAAGAGACCAUUGCAUUUUUAAUUAUGAACUCUCACUUGAGUCAGGAAAUUCAUGUGCUUAGGUUGUUCCCGGAAUUAAGGAAAAAAGUUGUUACACUUGCCUGAUUCAUAUCAUUUUUAUUCAAGAGUGAGUUUUCAGUGUGCAUUUGUGGAUUUCUUUUUUUUUAUUACUGGCUAGUAAUGUUGCUGUCAAUCUCCCAUUUUUCCUCAAUCUCAUGAUGAUAAAUACUAAACUCAGGGAUGGGAAGGUGAAAAGUAUAAUUUUUACAGGCCUGCCCCAACCUUCCAAAUCAAAGUGAUGUUUGAUCAUGAUUUCUACCAUAAUUUUAGGUUUACAUUUUUCUGAAAGGUUUCUUAUCGUUUUUGUGUAUUUAUUGUAUUUAAUUGUGCCUUUACAAAUAAAUGAAGUAAUAAGUACUA